AUGGCUGCGGAAUCUCCCAAGCGGUCGAAUCCGACGAAAGACCUUCCAUCUCCUGCUUCUUCCGAAGAAGAUGAUGAUACUUCCUCCGCCUAUGAAGCCUCUGAGCUGCCGUCGCAGGAUAGAACGUCCCAUUCACAAGGUCAACCGAAGAAGCAAGCUGUUCAGAGCUCCGAUUCCGACUCCGAGCACGUCUCCGACACGGAUUCCGACUCUGAUCCGCGGCCGAAGAGCUCUGGCGUUCUGCACAACGUGAAGCCCAUCGCUUCCCAGCCCCAGCCUAAAGCUCAAGUGCAUGCGGUUCCUGCCUCUUCCUCAAAAUCUACGCCGGAGAGAAAAAGGGCGAGUGAAACUGAAAGGGAAGCAAAGGACGCCAAGAGGCAGAAAGAGGUGGCGGAACGCGACGCGGACAGCGACGGUAAGAACAAACAUACGCCGAGAGUGCUCUUCCAGCGACUAUGGGGUGAGAACGAUGAAAUCGUGGUGUUGAAUGGGCUGAUCGAGUUCGCUGAGAAGAAAGGAGCUGAUCCCUUGAAGGACAUAGCGGCUUUCUAUGAUUUCAUCAAAAAGUCUGUGGCUGUGGAUGUGUUGCCUUCUCAGUUGAAGGAGAAAGUUAGAAAAUUGAGGGCGAAAUUCAAGAAACACGCCAAAGGGGAGAAUGGUUUGGAUAAGACCUUUAGCAAAGCUCAUGACCAGAGAACUUUCGACUUGUCGAAGAAGAUCUGGGAUGAGGAGGAGGAGGAGGAGUCUUCGAGGAAGGUGAGGUCCUCGUCGUCGUCGUCGGUGGCGGAGGAGGAGGCUGAAGCCGGAUUGGAGGCGAGAAGGAAGGCGGUGAGGGCGUGUGACCAAACGGUAGAAGCCAUUUAUAAUAAAUUUUUUAUUUUUUUUAUUUUACUUUAUUGUAAAAAUGAGUUGGAAAUGGUAGAAGAUUAA